AAGACUGCGAUGUGAAGAAAUAAAACAAACAAAAACUGAAACCACGUGCCUUAAACAAAACGCAGCGACACAAGUGCCUACUAGAGAUAGAAGACGAACGAAACGAGAAACGAAACUUAGUUUAUAGACGUCAAGCGACCCGCAGUCACCGCAAGCAUUGGCGGGCGCGUGACGCUCCCUGCGCGAGCGCGUCGAGAGAGCCCUCCAGGACAACUGGCGGCGGCUGACCGCGGCCCAUACUGACACAACCCCCCACCGGACAAGACAACGCUCGUUCAGCUGCGAGAGACGCAGGCGCAGGCCCAGCGCGCUCUCUCUAGACCUACAGCCCGAGGACAGACCCUACCACACUGCCACUAUACACAAAGCCCACUCCCUAAGCAAGAUGGCGACGCUCUCCCUCAAGAUAUCGCUCAACAGCGGGCAGGUGGUGAAGACCAUCCAGUUCGACCCGGCUACCACGGUGUACGACGCCUGCCGCGCCAUCCGCGAGAAGAUACAGGAGGCGCACGAGAGCGAGCCGAAAGAGUUCGGCCUCUUCUUAGCAUCCGAGGAGGACCCCAAGAAGGGCAUCUGGCUGGAGCCGUCGCGGAGCCUCGACUACUACAUGCUGCGGAACGGAGACCUGCUGGACUACAGCAAGAAGACCAGGAACCUGCGCGUCAGGAUGCUUGACGGAACUGUCAAAACCCUAUUGGUGGACGACAGCCAGAUCGUAGCCAACCUGAUGGUCGUCAUUUGCACCAAGAUCGGCAUCACCAACUACGACGAGUAUGGCCUGGUCCGCGAAGAACAGAAGGAGGAGCCGGAUCCGUGCGAGAAGCCCAACUACGGCACCCUCACGCUUCGCAGGAAGCACCACGAGAAGGAACGAGACGCCAAAAUGGAACAGCUCAGGAAGAAGCUGCGGACUGAUGAUGAAGUGAACUGGGUGGAACCAGCCAAGACGCUCCGCGAGCAAGGCAUCGACGUCUCAGAGACGCUUCUCCUGCGCCGCAAGCUGUUCUUCUCAGACCGGAACGUGGAUUCCCGCGACCCUGUCCAGCUUAACUUGCUGUACGUCCAAGCCAGAGAUGCUGUGCUGGACGGGACGCAUCCCGUCACGCAGGAUAAAGCAUGCGAGUUCGCCGGCAUCCAGUGUCAGAUCCAAUUCGGAGACCACAAGGAGGACAAACACACGCCCGGAUUCUUGGACCUAAAAGAGUUCCUCCCGGCGUCGUACGUGAAAGUAAAAGGAAUAGAGAAGAAAAUCUUCAAGGAACAUAAGAAACACGUCGGUCUCAGCGAGCUGGAUGCUAAAGUUUUGUACACCAAGAGCGCUAGAGAUCUGAAGACUUAUGGAGUCGCUUUCUUCCUUGUCAAGGAGAAAAUGAAAGGCAAGAACAAACUGGUGCCGCGUCUCCUCGGAGUCACGAAAGACUCUGUUCUUCGUUUGGAUGAGAAAACCAAGGAGAUUCUGCAGACCUGGCCUCUUACCACCGUGCGUCGCUGGUGCGCCAGUCCUAACACAUUCACGCUGGACUUUGGAGACUACAGCGACCAAUACUACUCAGUGCAGACAACCGAAGCGGAGCAGAUCCUGCAAGUGAUCGCAGGCUACAUCGACAUCAUCGUGCGCAAGCAGCGCGCCAAGGACCACCUCGGGAUCGACGCCGAUGAAGGCUCUGCCAUGCUGGAAGACUCCGUGCAGCCUUCCAAAGCCAACAUCAUCCAGCACGACACGUUUGUCUCUGGCAAAGUCAACACGGAAUCCGUGGCCAAACCUGCUGUGCACCGGCCUGGCGCUGAAGGCGCGAAGUCUUUCGCCGUCGGACACAUGACGGGCGCACAGCAGACCACGGUGUCCGGACAAGUCAUCACGGGACACACGCCGCCCGCGGCCGCACAAGUACAGCAGACGAAGGUGACCACGGUCAUGACAGAACCACAGAGGGCUCUGCUAUCCACCAUCACUUCGGGACGCGAGGUCAUCGAGCGCGCUGAGAGCAGGCUCACCAGGGCCAACAUCCCAGAGUUGGGCGGAGAUGCAGCCUCCAUCAAGUGGAAGCAGGUCACCAUGGACAGCAGCAAGCAGGCCGUGACGUCACACAUCGCCGCCAUGAACGCGGCCACCGCGCAGGUCGUCACACUCACCUCAGGUCCAACCGAAGAAGUAGACCACACAGCAGUAGGUGCAGCCAUCACUACCAUCACCACCAAUCUUCCCGAGAUGACCAAAGGCGUGCAGAUGAUCGCGGCGCUGAUGGAAGACGAUGGAGACAGACUGCUGGAUGCUACCAGGAAGCUGUGUGUGGCUUUCUCGGAUCUGCUGACGGCUGCUGAGCCGGAGACUAAGGAGCCGCGCCAGAACCUUCUCAACGCAGCUUCCCGCGUCGGCGAAGCCUCCACAUCCGUCCUGCACACCAUCGGCGAAGAGACCGAAGAAGACAAGGAGACCCAGGACAUCCUGCUCUCCCUGGCUAAGGCCGUGGCCAACACGACAGCGGCGUUGGUCCUCAAAGCCAAGAACGUGGCGGCCGCGUGUCGCGACGACCCGCCGCUGCAGAACCAGAUCAUAGCUGCUGCUACUGAUGCUGCCCUCGCUACGAGUCAGCUGGUGGCUUGUGCUAAGGUGGUAGCCCCAACGCUACACAGCGCGGCCUGCCGCGAGCAAGUCGUCAGCGCGGCCCGAGCGGUCGCCGGCGCGGUCGAGCGGCUGCUACAAGCGGCGCCGCCUGCCGCCGCCGCACCGCACCGCCUGCCUGACGCGGCGAAACGGGUCACUGACGAGCUGGAUCGCUUGCUGGCUCACUGCACGCUCGAGCGCCACGCCCAAGCGACAGUGACCGAGCGAACAGUGGAGACAGUAAUGACGGCAUCCGAGCGAGUGGUGGGCGCCGGCGACGCUACUGAAAUGGUGCGACAUGCCAGACAGCUGGGACAGGCUACAGCGCACCUUAUCACUAAUAUUAAGACGGAGGCAGAGAGCCAGCCUUCGGAAUCGCAGCGCAAGUUGUUAGCAGCCGCCAAGCUGCUGGCCGAUGCCACUGCCAGGAUGGUGGAAGCUGCUAGACAGUGCGCUUCGUCGCCACAGGACCGCGAGAAGCAAGACGCCCUCCGCAAGGCAGCAGAAGAAGUUAGAUACAUUACGGCGGACUACGCGCAAGGACAGGACAUUAUCGGCUCUCAAGUCGCGCGGUUACAGGAAAGCGCCCGGCAAGCUGCUUCAAGCGCCAACCAGAUGAUAACGUCGGCGCAGAAUGCCACUCAGUACAAUACCAACAAAUACUCGCAGGAGACGCUCCUCCAAGAGUGCCAGACGCUAAGUUCCCAAGUCCCGCGCGUGCUGGACGCGGCUCAGGCGUCCAGCACGAGGCCCGGCGCCGCCGCCGCCCAGCUCGACCUCAUCUCAGCCUCCGAAGCCUUGCUACAGUCAAGCGGCCACGUAAUCGCAGCGUCGCGCGCAGUACUGCCAACAGUGCAGCAAGGCCACGCCGGCAAGCAUCUAGCUGGGAGCACGCAGCGCCUCGCCACCAGCUGCGCCGAGCUCAGGUCGGCCGUCAGCCGAGCUCGCAUCUCGUGCAAGGGCUUGGAGCUGGACGCGGCGGCGGAGAUCAUCCGCAGCUUGCAAGCCGAGCUGGAUGAGCUGGACCGAGCGGCCAAGGCUUUCGAGCUGCGCCCGCUGCCUGGACAGACGGAGGAGUGGGCAUCAGCAACAAUGCGCAACGCCGCUCGCUCGGCAGCGUCAUCGACGUCUCAGCUGGUAUCCAGCUGCCGCCUCGGAGCGGGCGAGGGCUGCGGCCGAGCGGGCGGCGAGCUGGCGGCGGCGCUGCGGGACUUCAGCGGCGGCGUGAGAGCAGCGGUGGCCACGCAACCCGAGCCACACAGGAGGGACAGGGUGAUAUCCUCCGGACGCCAAGUGCUGACGUCAUCGCUGACGCUGGUGGAAACUGUCAAGACGUAUCUCUCGAGCUCGGAGCAGAUGGACACCGCGCAUAUCGUGUCCAUCGCCAAGGACAUUUCCGAGCGCCUAGAAUCCACAUUGGAGGCGGUCCCCUCGCAGACAGAGCUGGAUGCAGCGGCUGAAAACAUCAACGAGACCCUCAAUAUACUGAACAUGGGAGAGUUUCCGCCUUCUGACAAGAGCUAUGGCGAGCUGCAAUCAGAACUGAACACAGCGGCAGUAGAACUCAACACGGCAUCGUCUGACGUGGUAGGCGGAGUGGAUAAGCCACAACAGCUGCGAGCCAGCGGCCGCCAGUUCGGCGAGGCCUACAACCGGCUCAUAUCAGUCGCUAUGGAGAUGGCAGGACAGACUGAGGACCGCGAGACCCAAACCCUCAUGGUGACUUCCAUGAAGUCGGUGACAGUGAACUCGUCCAAGCUGCUGGCCACCGCCAAGUCCGUCAGCCAGGACCUCGCGCGGCCCAAUGCCAACAACCAGCUCACCGCUGCUGCGAGAGCAGUCACUGACAGCAUUAAUAGGCUGGUGGAUGUGUGCACAGAAGCGGCUCCAGGUCAAAAGGAAUGCGCGGCGGCCAUCUUGCGCAUCCGAGGCGCUGCGCCGCUUCUGGCCGCGCCCACGCAGCCACUGUGCGAGCUCGGGUACUUCGCCUGCCUGGAUGCUGUGCUGGAGCAGAGCAAGGGACUCAGCGAGGGAAUGUCCGGCAUAGCAAGCGCGGUGAAACGCUCGGAACACGAGCAGUUUGCUCGCUCAGUCGGCUCCGUCGCCGCCGCCGUCACAGGGCUCGUGGAAUGCACAGCGCAGGCCGCUUACCUGGUGGCGAUAUCCGACGAGACGAGCGCGGCCGGGCGACCAGGCCUAGUCGACCAGGCGCAGUUCGCGCGGGCCGCUGCCGCCAUCGACCUCGCCUGCAGGCAGCUGGCCGACCCUGCCAGUACGCAGCAGCAGGUGCUAUCAGCAGCGACAGUGGUAGCCAAGCAUACAUCAGCUCUAUGUAACGCAUGCCGCGUGGCCUCAUCCAAGACUCAAGAACCUCAAGCUAAAAGACACUUCGUGCAGGCUGCUAAAGAUGUGGCCAACUCUACUGCAGCUCUUGUGAAGCAGAUUAAAGCUCUUGACAGCGAUUAUAGCGAGGAAAACCGCGCCCGCUGCGCCGCUGCAACCGGUCCUUUGCUAGAAGCCGUGCGCGGCCUAGUCUUGUUCGCGGACCGACCAGAAUUCGCCAGCGUGCCCGCUCGAGUUUCACAGCAAGCACGCGCUUCGGUGGAGCCUAUACUACAGUGUGGCAGGAGCAUAAUAUCGUCGUCCUGCUCGAUGCUGGAAGCAGCCAAAGUUCUCGCUCUCUCGCCGCAGGAGCGAACGCAGUGGCAACAACUAGCUGCGCAUAGCAAGACCGUAUCCGACAGCAUCAAGGCGCUCGUCACCGACAUCCGGGACAAGGCGCCAGGCGUGAAAGAGUGCACGGCAGCGCAAGAGACACUAGCGCGGCUGUUACGAGAACUCGACACCGCCGCCAUCCAGGCAGUUGGACAGGAGCUUGCGCCGCGACAGGGGAACACGUGGCAGGGUUACUCGGAGCAAAUCGAGAAUAGCGCCACAGAAAUGCUGGAGCGCGUGGAGCCGCUUCGAGUGGCCGCUAUAGGCGAGGCUGAGAACUUGGGACACGCCGUCACGCAGCUGGUAUCAUACGCAGAAGCAACGUGCACGGGCGCAGUGAGCCUAGCGUCGCUAGUGACGCAAUCAGAUGCACAGGCGGCGCUUCUACAACACACUCGCACUGUAUUAGAGGCAGCCAUGGCGUUAUUGCGAGCCGCCGCCGCUGCACGAGGCAACCAGAGGGCCGUGUCAGCCCACAGCGAGGUCAACGCCCAAUCCCAGCUGACUCGCUCGUCGCUGAGCGAACUGAGCGCGUUCGUCCGCUCACUGAGUACUGAGCGCGGCGCCGUCGGCCCACUGCUGGAGUCGCUCGCACGCUGCCAGCAGCGACUGGCUGAGAACAGGAUGUCUCUGAUCGCGUCGUACGACGAGAACGACUCGUUUGUUGACUACCAGGCGCGUAUGAUCGCGGCUGCCAAGGAGAUCGCGCGACUCGCCACAGACAUGACGGCGAAGUCAGCCACCGACGCCAGUCGUCUGGUGCAGCUGGGCAGCGAGAUGGUGCACAAGUACGAAUCAUUGGCGCAGGACAGCUUGGGAGCCGCCGCUACUACGCCCAACGCAGACGUCGCUAACAGCAUCCGCUCCGCAGUGGUGGAGCUAGGAGAGAGUGUAUCGGAGUUAGUUCGUGCGGGAGGCCACUGCCGACUUGCUGCGUUGCCGCAGAAUCAACGAGCCGUCGCGCAGCACGCACAGCGGGUCAGCGAGAAGGUGAUAGCAGUGCUCAGCGCUCUCCAGUCGUGUUCCCGCGGCACUCAAGCUUGCAUCGACGCGGCUGCCACCAUCGCUGCCAUUAUUGGCGACCUGGACACCACCAUCCUGUUCGCUAGUGCUGGCACGCUCCACUCUGAGAAAGAAACAGACACGUUCUCAGACCACCGCGAGAGCAUCCUGAAGACGGCCAAGACUCUGGUGGAAGACACCAAGACGCUGGUCGGCGGCGCCGCCGGCUCGCAGGACCAGCUCGCCGCCGCCGCCGCUGCCGCCGUCAGCACUAUAGUGCAACUAUGCGAAGUGGUCAAACAAGGCGCCAUGUCCCUCGGCUCCGGUAGCCCCGAGUCCCAAGUUCUAUUACUACACGCGGCACGCGACGUCGCCGCAGCAUUGAGAGACUUGGCCGCUGCCACCACGGCGGCCAGUGGCAAGCACCACCACCACCCUGAUAUGGCACGGCUGAAGCAUGCUGCUAAGCGGCUGGCGGACCACACGAAGCGGUGGAGCCUCCCCCUAAAGCGUAACACGCUGCCGCGUCAAGCGAAACGGCUGUCAGUCCAUCUCUCUCUAAAGCCCGACUACAACUCGUGCGAUUCCGAGACCGAUCUCUUCCAAUCGGACCAAGAGGAAGAAUUGCUCAAGCUUCUAGACUAUUCCAGUCAAGAUGAUGAUGUAUCCCCAUCGGUCUUCCACGAUAAUUGUGAAGAAGUGACUGCGUACAUCGAAAAUUUAAUGAAGAAUCCAACAAAAACUGUCAUAGAUGACGAUGUCAAUGACAGAUACAAUAUGGCGGCUAGGAAUAGCUUGAUAGAUAUGGAUUGGCGCGUGCUUAAGUACGGCGAGAAUAUACUACUGGGUGAAAUUAAGAAAUUGGUUGAUUUCGUUGGUGAUGUCUUCGAUAAGCAAGAAAACAAGCGAAAGAGAGAUGUCUUGUACAGACUUAAAGCUAAUAAUGACCUGGACAACGAAAUGCAAAGGCUUUCUCAAGUUAUAGAGGAUAUGGAUUCCGAAAUUGUUGAGACAACAGUCACUACUGUCACUAAAACAGAAAUAGUGCCGACGAAGAAGCCAAAGACCGAUGACGUUAAAUUAACCAGUCCAGUGUUCAAAGUCAAUAAAGUUAGACCAGUGAAUCUUUCAAUCAAUUUGGAUGUCAAAUCUGAACCAAACACACCUCUGAUGAGUCCCGAACAGAGACAAAAAGAUGAAUCCACUGAACUAGUUGUCAAACCUGACGUCAAAACAAAGGAAGUCAAGUUAGACUUUUGGAAAAUGUUCAAAGACGACUCGGAGUGGUGGAAGGGACUGGCCAAAAGAAAUUUGGAAAAAAUGGAAGAGACAAAACGAGAAUUGGCCAGAUUUAGCGGCCACGAACUAGUUUUGGGUGAAUUCCAAAAUGAGAUAGAUAGAUUUGAAAAAGAGAAGGUUACGUUGCAGUCGUUUAUCGAUGAAGUCGACAAAUCGAAAGCUGUCAACAAGGACUUGGAAUACGAUAAGAAAUACGAGGAUAUGGUCUUGAAACUGAUUGAAUUCGCAAAGAAAGAUUUCAUUUACAAAGGUUUCGAUCCUCUCAUCGAACAGCUAAAGCAGUUGUCUAACAUCAAAAUCGAACAUCGUAGAAAGAAAGUCAAUAUACAAGACAUCAUCAACAUAUACACUCAAAUAGAUAUAUCCAAAUACACAUACGAAGAAUUGUGUCUACUAGAAAAGUAUUACAAAGAGAUUAUUCGCAAAUACAAAACGGAGCAUUUGAAUAAAGAAAACAUAAUACCAAGAGAGCCAAGCUACGACAGAGAGGUUGAAAACAGAUCAGCGCCGCCAUCUUACCACAGAAACGUCAUUCUAAACAUCCAUUCCAGUCAAAACCUAACCAAAAACAUAAACUCCUACUCAAACUCGAUGAUAGCUCACACAAACUCCUUAGAAAGGUCUAAAUCCAACCAGCACAAGUCUAGAAACAACACAGAAAUCUUCGACCUGACUAGAACGUACCCUAUGGAAUACUACGCGAAUAACUGGUGGUCGAUAUACGAAGACAUUUUGAAGAGUCGCGAGCACCAAUUCGGUUCUAUAGACAACUGGUGGCGAUUCUAUGAAGCUAUACUAAAUAAAGAAGAUACAAAUGAUGAGGAAUUAAGAAGACUCCGCGCUGUGGUUGGAUACAGGAACAGUCUUCGAAGACCGAACAGUAGACUGGGUGAUCUCAUGAAGAAAAUAGACGAAGUGAAAACGCAGAGUUUCCGAGAAGAAGAAAACGUUCGAAGCACCAACGAUCAAUCGGUGAUGGUGACCAAUGUGACGUCACUGCUGAAGACCGUCAAGGCUGUGGAAGACGAGCACACCAGAGGGACGAGGGCCCUCGAGUCGACCAUAGAAGCUAUCUCGCAGGAGAUUGAGGUCCUUCUAUCCGACUCGCCGCCCAAAGGCACGGCCACCGCCGAGGAGUUGGUGCGCUGCACUCGCCAGAUGACCACCGCUACUGCAAGAGCAGUUGCUGCCGGUAACGCCAACAAGCAAGACCAGCUGACAGCAGCUGCCAACCUUGGCAGGAAGACUGUGGUGGACCUGCUGGUGGCUUGCAAGGCCGCAGCCUACACAGCGGAGAGCGAAGAAGUGCGCACGCGCACGAUCGAAGCCGGCGCCGCAGCCGCCAGCGCCUACCGCGCCUUGCUGACUGCGGUGCUCAACGCCGUCGGUGGCGCCGACAAGCAACACUUCCCCGAGCUGUCUAGAAGAGUCGCCCACGCUGUGGCUGACAUUAUAGCUGCUGCGGAACUGCUUAAAGGAUCGGACUGGGUGGACCCAGCAGACCCGACUGUGAUAGCGGAAAGCGAGCUACUGGGUGCGGCGGCGUCCAUCGACGCGGCCGCGAGGAAACUGGAUGCGUUGAGGCCGCGACGACCGGCUGUUGUGCAGGAGACCGAUGACAGCCUGAACUUCGAUGAGAUGAUCCUGCAAGCGGCCAAAUCCAUCAUCGCUGCUACGUCAGCUCUUGUACGCGCCGCAUCCGCCGCACAGAGGGAGCUUAUCGACCAGGGCAAAGUAGCGCGUCGUCCGGCAGCGUCGUCCGACGACGGUCAGUGGUCCGAAGGACUGGUAUCCGCCGCAAGACUGGUAGCCGCCGCUGCCCAUGCAUUAGUAGAAGCAGCCAAUGCCUUGGUCCAGGGCGCAGCCUCUGAAGAGCGCCUUAUAUCUAGCGCGAGACAGGUGGCUGCGUCUACAGCUCAACUGCUGGUGGCUUGCAAGGUGAAAGCCGACCCCAGUUCGGAAUCGACCCGACGACUGCAGGCGGCCGGCGCGGAAGUCAUCCGCUCCACCGACGGGCUCGUGCGAGCCGCCAGGGACGCGAUACAUUGCGAGGAAGAACGUAGCCUGGUCCUCAACAGAAGAAUGGUGGGCGGCAUCGCGCAGGAGAUUGAUGCCAGGUCUGAAGUGCUACGAAUCGAAAAAGAAUUGGAAGAGGCUCGCGGUCGCCUCACCGCCAUCCGCCAAGCCAAGUACAAGCUGCGCGGCGACACUGACACUGACACCGAUACGGAGCAUUUGGACGCUUCCGAUGUUCGCCAGAGAUUCAAAACACCAAACAGCAGUUUCGCGAACACAACUUACAGUCCAAACAGUACAUACUCCAACCAGAACACCACAAACCUCACCACCACCACCCACAACUUAUCCCAGAACAUAUCCAACUUAAACCAGUCCAUCCACGGCUACCAACCCCCAAAGUCACCUUACGCACCAUCCCCUACUAGCCCUAACGCUCACAGCGCGAACGGAUACCAGAAUGUAUACAGCCAGAGGGACGAAAAGCAGUAUACUGUUCAGAGCCCGACCUUCACGAGUUUCAGGCCUCAGGAAGAACCGAAGCAGAAUUACGAAGGAUUUACCACACGCCAAGACUCCAGUAAUGACAGAACGAUGAUGCGUAAUAACAGCAUGGAUGCGAGCAUUGUAGUCAAGUCGUUACACCUACCGGAAGUGCGCACGGCCAAACUGGUCAGCGAGCCGGAGACCGUGCAGUAUAGAGCCGAGCGGGUUAACUACCGCACCGAAAGACCGCCGCCGCCGCCGCCCAGACGAGUCUCGCUACAAAAUUACGAGACUCGUCUGUACGACACGCCACGCCCCGUCAACGAGUACAAAAGGACUGAGGAAGAACAGAAGUACGAGUCUAGCCAAUACCAAUACACCAAAGAGAAAUACGGAUACGAUGCCCCCAAAGCGACUCCGAUGAGCCCUAAGUUCAACGCGAGAGAGCUGAAAUUUGACGACAAACCCGAACCGAUAUAUUCUUCUCUUAAAAAGCCUUCCACUCCAAAAUCUCCCUUCGACGGUGUUGGACAAACCUUCUCUGAACAUCAGGUCUCGACAGAAGCCAUCCCUGGUGGCACCAAACACUCAGAAUUCUCCGUCAAAAGCGAAUCCUACCAAAGCUAUCCAAAGACGGAGUACAUUAAAACAGAAUCGCGUCAAGAAACCAAGUCUCCGUUCACUACUUCGACGCCCGCCAAAGACUUCGAUUACCCCAAAACAUCCACUGAACUGGUCAAAGCUGCAACCCCAGACUAUGACAGGAUAUCGUCCCCGUAUGGAAAGGAGACGCACAGCUAUGGCGGCCCGAACUAUAUGGAAGAAACCACCACCGAAGUAAAAGAAAUUCCGAACGGAACGCAAAAGAUCACCACCACCAAAAUAUACAGUUCGUCGCCGGUUAACAUCACGAGCACAAACACGAAAUACGAACCAAUAAAACUGGAAGGCAUCGACGAACUAUCGAAAUCAUUCGACAACGACUCGCGUUACAGCACCUUAGACUCUAGGUUCAACACUUUAGAGUCCAAAAUGAGUUCUGACACCAGUCGCUCCUUCAUGAGACCCUCGGAGUUCCAAUCGUCGGACUACCAAUCGACGACUAAUGUCACUAAAGUCAAAAAACCGGAUUUGUCCAAAGAAAUCGACAGCUUAGACAAGAAAUUGUCUAAACAGACUAUAACAUCGGAGACAAUUGAAAGAAAGUCAGUUAUGACCAGUUCACAUAAGUCGGAGACGAGUUCGACCGUCACCAAAAAAUUCGGCAACUUUUAAGGUAUUUGUUGGUUCAAAUGUUGGCCCAACGUUGGGCGUGUGUGGCUUCUCACGGCUGUCAAAUUGACGCUUGCAUUUGUGCGUUGGACGAUGUGUCUUAUGAUGUUAAGCUUAAAGUGUAGUUUUCAAUGCACGUUUAGCUGUAGUUUGACAUUAACGUAUAUUCUUGCGUCUUGUUGAUUUAAGUCUCGAAAAUAUUUUAGUCCUAUAAUAUUAUUUUAAGUUGUAUCUCAGUACAAAAUAUGAAAUCGUCAGUUCAAUUCAUCAUUAAGCCAUAAUGGUGCUUGCCAUAAACAACAGCUGGUUUUUAUUGAAACAUAUUUUUAUACAAUAUUUUACUAAGUUUAAACAUUGCAUUUACAUUAAGUAUAGUAUAGUAAAAUGUCAGAAAUAAUUCGCAAGGAUAUACGUUCAGUUAGUGGAUAUAAAUGAUCUGCGGUGCUAAAUAGUUUUUAUUUAUUAUUUAUAUGUAUAAUAUAAUAUUAUUAUGUAGUAGAGAACGCAGUGCCUACGAUUGGCCUUAACUAAAGAGUAUGUUCGAUUUUAACAAUUAUAUUUGAAGUUAAAAUUUUUGUGAAUUUUAUACGGAUUUAUUAAGACCUGGAGCCACCGAUAUUUAUUUAUACAAAAAAUAUAAUUUAUCGUCUACAAACGAUUUAAUAAUGACGAUAAUGAUUGAAUUGAAGUAUAAUAAUAAAAUAAAAAGUAUAAACUCUAAAAAUUGUGGCUACUUUGGUAGACCAAAGUAGUUAGAACUAUGCUUGCCAAAUCAACUCAACUUUUAAACACUUAUAUAAUUUAAUGCUACUUAUCUGCAACUUACUUUUGUUCCUACUAUAAAAUUAAUAGUUGAAACCAUUUUUUUGUACGAAAGACUGAUUUGUAUUUCGUUAUUGGAUCUGACCUCCAUCUAUUAGCACAGCAAUCCAUUCACCUCUGUCAGUUGAACAGGGAUGUAAAGCUAAAAUAUUAUAAUACUUUGCAAAAUUUAUACACACUUCAGAAAGUCUUCUUUCUUCUUUAGUUCUUCAUUUAACACAAGAUUCAAACAAAUAUAGUUGUAAUUUGGCACGCAUAGUGUUAAACGAAUCACAAAGUGCUAACCCCGUUGGGGACCUUAUUCCUGAUGCCUUUCUUAAAAAUAUAUAUUUACUUAUGAUAUUGUUGGACAUUCUUAUGCCUUAUGUGUAGUAAGUCUACGGCUAGGAGCUUAUCAAUCCAAACUCACUUUACAUAGGUAAUAAGUAAACGAACACUUAUGAAUAAGUAUUUUUAAAAUAUGACUAACAUAAAAAGAUAGUAACUACUGAUAUUAUAUUGUUUCGUUGUCUUAUGUACAAACAUCAAUAAAAUAUAUCUAAUUUGGUUUGUGAACCAUUUUCAAGGCACUACAAAUAGUAAGUUUGUGACAUUUAUAUAAACUCUAUAUUUUUUUGUAAAGUGUAUGGAUUCAUAAGUUCCUAACUAUAAAGUUUGCCGAGCGUGCCAUUAAAAAAAAGUUUAUUUAUUUAAAUAUCGUGCCUUCAAAUAAUUAAUCGUAAAUGAAAUCUCCGUGGGGUAUAUACAAGUGACUAAAAAGAAACUGUGUAUUAAAUUGUCAAUUCAAGCGGUGACUGAUUGACAUUUCAAAUACACAAACUAUUUAUUAAUGAACUGGAUUUAUAUUUAAAUAUAAAUUAUAUUGCUUGUUAUAUACUCCAAAUGUAUAAUUGUACGAAAUAUGUGCCAUCGACCGCCAUGGUUAAUAAUACGUUGUAUAUAAACAUACUUGUAGUUAAGUAUAUUGUAGUAGUGAUCGUUUGGUGCAAUGUCUAUGAAACUAAACUUUUAACCAUUUACCCACUAAUGUACUUUUAGAUUGUAUACAUACUUAUAUAUUUAAUUGUACUAAAUUUUUAUAACAACUUAUAACAUGUAACAAUUGAUACGUAGAAAAAAUAUAAAAUUAACAAUGUUUAAAAAACGCACGUACAUUGUUCCGUUUUUUGAACGAUUGUCUUAAUUUUAUACAAUUAUUUAUACGUUUAAUUAGCGUUGUAGUAAUCUCAAAUUAUUUGAAAUAACGUAAUACUUAUAUUUGGGUUUUGUCGAAUGUAUUAAGUGUGUUUUUCUUUUUAUAGCACGAUUGUAACCGUGACGUCGACUGAAGUAGCCUGAACUUCAAGCUAAAUACAUUUUAAUGUAUAAAUUACACGAAAAUAUAUAAACAAAAUUUAGAUAUAUGAAGUGCCUUAGUUUUUUCGGCUUGAAAAAUAUAUGUUUCGAGUUUUUAUACAUUAUUUUGAUUUAUUGUAUAGAGAUGCCCGCGUAAGCGAUUCGUCCACUGAAGGUAUUGUAACACCAAUUGAAAUAGAGUAGAAUAUUAUUAUACAUAGUUGUAUGUAGCUUGUAAUAUAGGUAUAGUAUGGCUAUAUUAAUAUUUACUAUUCGCCCUUACGUAUAAAACAUCUAAACAAUACAAGUGAAUAUAAAUGAGCAGAAUAAUGUAGUAAAAGAAUUAUAUACAAUCUUAGAUUUGCAGAUCUCUAAAGUCAGCUUAGAUAUUGGCAACUAUAUAAAUAUAAUAAAUUAUUAAGUACUUAAGGGUGUUUAAAUGGGCUCUAACGUGUCUUAAUGUGCUGUAACUUGAUGUUUUAUAUAAUGGAAAAUGUAUGGUUCUCGUAGUACUAAUAUACUAUUAUAUUAUAUAAAUAUUCAAUGUAGUUUUUGAUACAUAUAACUAGAAUAAGAAUUUAUGAAUUACAUUUACUGUCAAUAUUUGAAAACCAAAUAAAAUUACUAAUCAUUCAUUUAUAUUAUAAUAUUCUUAUGUCUCGACUUCGAUUUAUUUUUGAUUAUUAAUUAAUUAUUGAUUUUGUUAAUAUUUUUUUGAGAUUUUAUUCGGUUCGGUGCAAGAAAACUUUUGUUGGGGCAUUGUACGGUCCGUAUGACUAUAUUUGUAUGUAAUAAACUUGACUAAUAUAA